AUGCCUCCCGGACCACCCAGACAGUUUAAACCAGUCCGAGGAAGAUCGUCUGCCAGUCUUCCUCUUUGGAAGCGAUUUGCACUCCUGCAAAAAGAAUAUGGCUCUGUUGUCUCUUUAUUUCAAGGAAAUACACCAGUCAUUGUUCUUGGUACAAUCAAAGCAGCUACGGAUUUGCUAGAAAAGAAAGGAGGAAUAUACUCCAGUAGGCCGCGAAGUAUUAUGGUUGGGGAGCUACUAUCAGACGGUAUGCGAGGUGUCAUGAUGCCGUAUGGAACUAGAUGGAGAAACUGGAGAUCAGUUAUGCAUGCAGGGAUGAGCGUGGAGGCAUCGAAUGCCUACAAGUCGUUUCAGUCAAUGGAAUCUAAAAUACUGAUCCACGAUCUUUUGCUGGCAUCGAAUUCAAGACAAUAUUCUGCAUUUCUUCGUAGAUUCGCGAUUUCCGUAGUGUUGCGUGUCAGCUAUGGUCGGCGCAUCCAGUCCCUAAAUGACCCUAUCGUGGUGGCCAAUACAAAAAUCGAGGAAUGCAAAACGCCCGGAAAAUAUAUCGUCGAAUCUUGGCCAAUCCUGUUGAAACUUCCGCGUUUUCUUCAAUGGUUCCGCCGUGAGCCCGAGGAGCAGCUAGCUCAUGAUACGGAGCUAUAUCUUUCUUUUGCCAAUGAGGUCCGAAGGCAGAUGAGCCUUGGUAUUGCCUUACCAUCAACUGGUACUAGGGCCUUGGAGAAACAAGAAGACUUCGGAUUGAACGACGUGGAAACAGCAUUUGCAUUAUCAUCCCCUUUCAGUGCUGGCGUAGGUACAACACUCUCCACACUGGAUGUUUUCUUUUUGGCAAUGCUUCAUUACCCAGAUACUAUGAAAAAAGCGCAAUCAGAAAUCGACAUAGUCGUGGGGCGUAGUCGUUUACCUGAAUUUGACGAUGUCGAAUCCUUGCCAUACAUUCGGGCACUUAUUUUGGAGACGAUGAGGUGGAGACCCAUUGUUCCCGUGUGUGUGCCGCAUAGUGUAAUUUCUGAUGACACCUAUGAAGGAAUGCAUAUACCUCGAGGAUCGUCUGUCUAUCCAAACAUAUCGUACAUGAGCAAAAAUGAGGAGAUGUUCCCGUCUGCAGAUGACUUCAAACCAGAACGCUACUUGAAAUCGGCAAAUUUACCUACACCACAUACUACCUUCUUUUUUGGGUUUGGUAGACGUAUCUGUCCCGGGAUUCAUAUUGCAAACAAUUCACUGUACAUCGUGAUUUCAAGGAUUCUUUGGGCAUUCAAUAUCGUCCCCAACCUUGAUGAGCACGGGAAAGCCGUUAUUCCUUCGAAAGACGAUUUUACUACCGGCCUAUCGAUCCGACCAAAGCCAUUCACAUACCACCUUGAAACCAGAAAUGGAAAAGACACUGUUACUCUUAUUGAAGAAGAAUGGAAGACUGCGGAGCAAGAAGCCACUGCGUAUCCUCAAUGA